AUUUUAUGGCUUAUAUAAAUGGUGGUGUGUCUCGCAAUCCCAACACCAUUUCCUUAAGAGAUAAAGACAAUUUAAAAGGCAGAGAAACUUCUAAUUUUCCGGCGAAUCCUUUGAGAAGAAUAUAUCCACUAUCACUUCUGAACAUGAUUUCUGUUGUUAUCAUCACUGAGUUACUGCUCGAGUACACGGCGGCCCUCGCGAAACUCACGGCUGGUAUUCUUCCUAGACGGCGAGGUGACGGAGACGUUGUAAGGAUCGGUGGUUUCUCUCUGCGUUGUCCUCCUAGAUCGUCGCCUAUUCCAGAUUUCUCUUCUCAUCUCGUUGACUUCUGAUAUGCGCCCCAAAGGACAUCUUUCAGAUCUCAGUGUUGUGCUUUCACCGGAGCUACUAGGAUAUUGUGACGGCCGAGACUUUUUAUUUUCCCUCUGAUCGUGUCUCCCUUUUUCUGUAACUUCCUUUUUAGCUGAGGAAGCUUCAUCUAGAUUCUUGAUCAUAGCUUUGUAAAAUUGUAUCAACAAUCCAAUUAUAAAUAGAGAUUGAUGAACUCUUGAUUUUA